AUGGACGCAACUGGCUCGUUAGCUUCGUUAGCAACGACCACUCUCAUCGCUGCUACUGGCACCCUCGCCUCCUAUGCUAGCACGGCUCAUCCAACGUCAGACGCAUCCUAUCAAGGAACAUCCUCUUCCAGCCCAGAUCCGGAUCCAAAUGACGAUGGAGGAGAAUGCAAGUUACUAGGUCCGUUUUCUGUGUUUGUGCAAGUUGCCCUCGGCAGUCUCGCAUUAUUAUCUCUUGUCUACAAGAGAUGGAGAGAGCGACCCCAGCGCCCGCUGAAGGUCUGGGCCUUUGACGUCUCGAAACAAGUUUUCGGAUCUGUGAUGCUGCACCUGCUAAAUCUACUCAUGUCAAUGUUUGCUGCGGGCCAACUGGAGAUUCGGCAGUCAUACAAGCCGAAUCCAUGCUCGUUCUACAUGCUGAACUUGGGAAUCGAUACUACACUCGGUAUCCCGAUCCUAAUCCUUCUUUUGCGCGUUCUCAACUACAUCGCAUUCUAUACCCCUCUCGCGAACCCCUCAGAAUCGAUCGAGUCAGGCAACUAUGGCCAGCCCCCACGUGUAACAUGGUGGCUCAAACAGUCUAUCGUAUACUUCAUGGGAUUGCUCGGCAUGAAAGUAUCAGUCUUCUUCAUCAUCCAGCUCUUCCCUUUCAUUGUCAAGGCUGGCGACUGGUCUCUACGAUGGACGGAAGGCAACACCGCUCUUCAGAUCAUUUUUGUUAUGCUUCUUUUCCCGGUCAUCAUGAACGCGAUACAGUAUUACAUCAUCGAUAUCUUCAUCAAAAAGCAAAUCUCGUCGCAAUAUACGGAAGGCGACACGGCUGGAGAUGUCGUGGAACAUGAGGAUUCUUACCAUCGGGAAGCGCUUCUCGAUGGUCUGGACGAAUCAUAUUCAACUGACUCUGACGAUGAAACACCCAGGAAAUCUCCGAGAGUUACCUCCCAGCCGAAGGCUACUGCAGAUGCGCUCCAGGAGUCGGAGAACUUGCUUCCCGAGGAUCAUAACCCUGUUCCUCCAUAUGAACCUCCAAGCUCAAGCAGCAGUCGUGACGGACAUGCAACACAUCACUAA